AUGGCGGCAAACGCAAGCUGGCAGCGCAUCUGCCGCGCAGCGCCCCGUACUUCCUGCACGGGCGGCACACCGAACAAUCUCCCCCCGCUGACCUUCCACUCUGUCCACGGCGAGAAUGUUCGUAUCUCGCGAGAUGGGAGCACCGCUCGGAGGGUCGAGAGCUUUUGCAAGGGGGUCGCGUUUAGCGCGAGGCCGGUCCGCGUCAAUGAAAAGAUUUGCAUCCGCUUCGUCGAGGUAUCAGACAGUUGGAGUGGCGUCAUCAGGUUCGGCUUCACCUCGCACAACCCCGAGACCCUGCCACAUCCGUUGCCCAAAUACGCUUGUCCAGAUCUCACCAACAAGCCAGGCAGUUGGGCCAAAGCCCUCGGCGAACGCUUCUACGACAAGGACAAUCUUCUACACUACUACGUCAAUUCCAAUGGAGAUGUACACUUUGGCAUUAACGGGGAGGACAAAGGCUGCUUCUUUUCGAACGUGGACGUCAGAAGCCCCCUCUGGGCCCUAGUGGACGUGUACGGGAACUGCACAGCCGUGCAAUUCGUGGACCCGAGAAUGCUGCAUCAGAACCGGCAGCCGUCGCCGAUAGUUGAAGAUAGACUUAUUGGAGGCAUGCGGUCACUAUCAGUGGACGAACCACUCCCCGCUCCGAGAUACAAGAACCCGCUAGUACCCCUAAACUUGCAUAGGAUGACCGGCAGGAAUGUCCAAUUCGUGAACGAGAGGGGCGUCGCCGCCAGGAUUGAAGCGGAGUUCUGCCAAGGAUACGUGUUCACGGCGCGCCCCAUGCGCCCGGGACAGACGAUAGUCGUCCAGAUCUUAGCUACGGAGCCGGCGUACUCGGGUAGUUUAGCCAUCGGUCUAACCUCGUGCGACCCAGCUACACUAAGACCCUGCGAUUUACCAGACGACGCGGAACAGUUAUUGGACCGACCGGAAUACUGGGUAGUGAGACGGGACGCCGCCAACGGCUUGAGAAGGGGGGACGAGCUGGCCGUCACGCUGACAUUGGAUGGGGAGGUGCGCGUUAGUAGGAACGGUUCCACCCCCAUGACCGUUAUGCACGUUGACCACACGCUGAGGUUGUGGGCCUUCGUUGAUAUCUAUGGGGCGACACAGAAAGUGAGAAUGCUGACGUCACAGGCGGUGCAAGCGCAGACGCCGCCGCAGCAGCUGCGCGUCAUAACGGGAUCCGCGGCGCCGAUAGCUGCAGGCAACGGAGGGACGGUGCUGGUCGUCAGUCUUCCGCCGCAGAACGGUGCGCAGAAUGCAGCGAACCAUCAGCAGGGGCUUACGUUGGCCAGCGCACAUUAUAUUGAGCCAAUCCAAUCGUCUUCACAAGUAUGUCUUACAAGUUUACCGAUGGCGUCUCAGUCUCAAACGUGCGCCCCCGUCCCCUACCAACGGGAACGUCCCCGGGACGUCUGCUCUACCAGCCAGAACAAUUCCAAUGAGCAGGUACUCAUUCCGAACGGCCACGCCGAGAUGAGGAUCGACAGGUUCCCCAACGGCCCCUCUACCAGCCGGCCUUCCACGUCGCACCAACCCAUCUAUUCUGUCAUCGGGGAAGGCUUAACGGGUACAGAAUGCACCAUCUGCUACGAGAACCCAAUAGAUAGUGUGUUAUAUAUGUGCGGACACAUGUGCAUGUGCUACAGAUGCGCAGUGCAGCAGUGGAGGGGCAAGGGGGGCGGCCAGUGCCCCCUCUGCAGGGCGCAAAUCAAGGACGUCAUACGCACUUACAAGUCGUGA